AUGACUGGAGAGGAGCAGCACAAGGCCACAUUGAAAGAAUGGGCCCUGAAGAAGAAUACCAUCAAGAAAAUCUAUCACUUCCAGAGCUCUAUCAAGCUAAUCUUGUCAGUGACUCCAUUCCAGCAAUUGGUUCAGGAAAUUACUUUAUUCUGUCAUCAAGAACAUGAAUAUUACUGGCAAUAUACUGUCAUUAAGUUACUUCAGAAGGCAGCUGAAGCAAUCUUGUGCACUCUGUUUGAGUGCUCUGUUAUGGUAAUGGCAUACUAUAAGCACAUUACAGUCAACACUAAUGAUAUGAAGCUCAUUCUUGGCAUCAGUGCUAAAAUCAGAUCAAACUAUUUCAGCCCAAUUGAUGCACCUGAUCAUCUCAUCUCUGCCAUCACCAUCCACCACCUGCAUGCUGCCUCCACUCCACCAACUACUACUGCCACCUUCCUGCCUUCCCCCAGUGCUGUCAGGGUCUCCACCCAUCAAAUGGCAGGUAUUAGAGCCCCUGUCCAGUUCACAAAGCCAGUUCUGGAGGAGCAGAAGAAGGAGGAGAAGGAGGAGAAGAAGAGAAAGAAGAAGAAUAAUAAUAAUAAUGAAGAUGAUGAUGAUGAUAAUUAA